UCUCGUUUAACUUCCGGAACUGCGCAGUAGGAGUCAGCUGACAGUUGUGGUCAAGCAGCCAGUGAAACAUCUCAGCUGAAGAGACCCUGAACAGAGGAGGGGGGGAAAAGCCUCUUUUUUUGUCUCCAGAACCAUAACGGCCGCGGAGAAACGGACAGCCGUUACCUCCUCAGAUACCCGGCCACGUCUUCCCGCCUUCCACGCAAUGAGUAUCAGCGCUCCGAGAGGCCUGGCCAGCUCGGGGCAAAAGCCCAUCACGGAGAUCCUCCACCCGCUGUCCGCCGCCGAGGAACCACUCUCCCCCGGGCCAGAUGUCACCGUCAGCGGUGGAAGGGAUAAGGAAGUGGGGCUGACCAACGGCACGCCGGUCGAGACGCCGAGUCCGGCUUCUGCGUCCGUGCUCUUCAACAGGCUGCACCUGGAUGAUGACUUGGACCCAGACACCCGGGACCCCUAUGCCGACACAGAAACCCACGACCUUUUCGUCACUGUCGACGACCCAAAGAAGCACGUCUCCACCAUGGAGACCUACAUCACUUACAGAGUCUCCACCAAGACAUCACGGAUAGAGUUUGACCUGCCAGAGUACUCUGUUCGGCGGCGCUAUCAGGACUUUGACUGGCUGAGGACCAAGCUGGAGGACAGCCAGCCGACCCACCUCAUCCCACCGUUGCCGGAGAAGUUUGUGAUGAAGGGCGUGGUCGAUCGUUUUUCCGAGGAGUUUGUGGAGACGAGGAUGAAGGCCCUGGACAAGUUCCUCAAACGAAUUGCAGACCACCCCGUCCUCUCCUUCAACCCUCAUCUAAAUGCUUUCCUGUCUGCCAAGGACCUCAACAAACGUCAGGGUCUGGCCCUGCUGACCAAAGUGGGUGAGUCUGUGAAGAGCGUGGCUGGAGGCUACAAGCUGCGAGUGCGACCUCCUGAGUUCUGCGCCCUGGGAGAAUACCUGGACACCUUUAACCAGAAACUGGGAACCAUCGACCGGAUCGCUCAGAGGAUCCUCAAAGAGCAGUCAGAGUACCUAACUGAGCUACGCGAGUAUGGUACAGUCUAUGCCAGUUGGGCGGGGUCAGAGGAGGAGCUGCAGCGUCCUCUGGAGGGCAUGGCUGGCUGUGUGACGACGUGCUGCGGCGCGCUGGAGGACAUGAGUGAGAACAUGAGCCAGGACUUCCUACCCGUGCUCAGAGAAUACAUUCUCUACAUCGAGUCAAUGAAGAAUGUUUUGAGGAAGCGAGACCAGAGCCAAGCGGAGUACGAAGGCCGUCUAGAAGCAGCCGUAUUGCGCAAACAAGAGGACAGAACACCCAUACCAGCCGAGGUAGAGAAAUGCCAGGACAAAAUGGAGUGUUUCAACGCUGACCUGAAGGCAGACUGGGAGCGCUGGCAGAGCAACAAGAGACAAGACUUCAAGCAGCUUCUCACCGGCAUGGCCGACAAAAACGUCACCUAUUAUGAAAAGUGCCAGGCAGCGUGGGAGUCGCUCAUAACUGUCCUCCAGGACAAACAGACUGAAGACAAAACGAGUGAGACGAACUGAAACAUCUCUAUCUCUUUCUCUCCGUCUCUCCACACACACUCUCUCGUUCAUGCCACGGAAAAAGACCAACAGGGCAGCAGGUUUACCUGCUGGACUCGGGGCCCCUGUUCUCCUGUGAGAUGAUUGUAUGAGGGGAGUCGUCUCCCUCUAAGAUUUUGGUCCGCUAAGGAGGAAACACACGGUGCAUUCGAGGACAGCUAGGAAAAGAGGAGAAACCUACUAUGUAUAGUUUUUGUUUUUGUUUCUUUUUUUGACUUUUUCUACUUCAUAUUUCGAGUUAACAGUCGGUUGCCAAUGCUACUUUGUGUUUAUUUAACCGCAGUCUCUUACUCAACGCUCUCCCAUUUUCAUACUGAGAAAACUGUUCAUGAAGGUAUUGCUGCUGUGUGGGUCUAUGAAGUAUCUUAGGUUUGUUUCAGAUAUGUUCAAAACAUCCUCAAGAUGUGUUUUUUUUUCUUUUUUUUUGUCCUGCCAGGUUGUAAAAGCCUCUGGGAAAUACAACAGUGAAUGAACACAAAUUUACUCUCUUGUACUCAAAGCACCACACAUGUUUUGUUUUUGUUUUUUUAAUCUAAACUUUUACCAAAGGUCACAAACUUCCCCCCUGUCUUUCCUGCACCUAUUACUAAAAAUAACCCACAAAAAUCAGGUGGUAUGUGAUAAAUGUUCAAGUGGGACCUGUGCAUGUUUUCCCAAAGGGACACUUUAUUAUAUCUCGGUUAUUUAUUUGUUUUUUGUUGCUACACACCCUCACAGAUAAAUGGAGUUAAACAGUCUUCAGCGAUGACGAUGAAGGUGCAUAUAGAAGAAAACAAGUUCUUGCCAUCCAUAAAUCAACAUUUCGGGCUAUAAUCUCUGGUCUCACUAACUCAAACUUAAGAGAAAAUAACUUGAAAUUUUGAGCUUAUAACUCAGACUUUUAAGUUAUGAGUAGCAAAAAAGAUUUUUGUUUGUUUUUUUAAGUGAUGGCAACAAGCUUCUAUAGGUGUCUGAGCUGAACGCUGAGGUUUGUCUGAGAGGUCACUUUGUGGAAGGUGGAGUUUUUAAGAGAACAGCGGCUCCACCUUGUGGCCAAGCUGUUAAUAGUUUUCUCCCACGCUUUUGAAAUGAGGAGGAAGUGAAGCAGUGAGCUACCUCUUUUGGGUUCUCUUGAUAUCGUCUUUCUCUCACCAUUCCCAUUUAUACCCUUCUUCUUCUUCUUUAAGCAAAGACUUACCUCAGUUGGCGAUGUUAACGGUGCAUUUGGUUCAUAAUAAUAAUAAUAAGGUGAAGACUCCAGUGGUGCUCUGUAACUUGUUAAAGACGUAAAUGUUUUACCAUUGGAUUUAUUUUUUUUAUUAACUUAUUAAUUCUUUCCUUGCAGUUCUUUGCCUAAGUGAUAAAACCCUGCAUUGAAGCAUGCAUCACCAUUCUUUAUGGAAAAUAAGAAAGCCAUGAAUCCUGAAUAUAAGGUGUCAGUGUGGUCAUGCUGCUGGCUUACAGAGGAACUAAAACCUCUGAGGCUAGUGGAAAAAUCCCUGCUGUGUCAUGUUAAGAGUGAGACAUUGCAACAAAACCAAACAAAAAAACUACACCCUGAGUGAUGCAACACAUUACUUUAAAUUCUUAAGUUGCCUGUUUUAACCAAACGGGCUGAGACUGAGGUACUGAACAGCGUGGAAACCCUCUGCGGUGCAGCUCUGUUAGCAGUCUGAGGAUGUGACCUCAUCUGCUCAGCUGUGACUCAUGGGAUAAUGAGGUGGAGCCCUGCAGCACAUCACACUUCUUUAUUAUUUUCCAACUCCUGAAUGGGGAAAAAUCCCCUCACUGAACUCAUAUUAUUUAAAACUUUCUUAUUUACUGCCAACCCAGAAGAAAGGGUUUGAAGCACAAACAGUAGAUGUAUCUUGCUUAUUCUGCUUUCCUUUUACUCUGAAAGUAGCUAAAACCUGACCAAUGACACCCAGGCAGACUCAGUCAUGUGACAUUUCCACAGUCACCACGUUUUGGCCUCCUGUUGGUUAAGAGUUUCUCCUUCACUGACAGGAUUUCCAGACUAGAGCUGCUUUCAGGUUUUGUUACAGUCAAGUAAAGUAGCCGUCACAUUACUGAGCCUGCCCCUCCAUGCAACCAAAUGCAAGUGCUGCAGCAUCCUGACGAGGCGUCUGCAGCCGCCGGUGAACUAGGUUUAGUUUGCUCUCUCUUUUUUUAAUGUCCUUAUCUAUUUUUGCCUUUCACAUUUUACCCUUAAGCUUUAAAACAGUGAAGCAGCUACUCUGUAACUAGCAGAAGUCAACAAUGUGAAGAAAAAUUAUCUUUAAGGACGGAGGCAGCUGCAGUGGAGCGGCCUAUGGAUGCACCAGGGCUAAAAGGGAAAAUCCAAAGAUUUACUACGAUCAUUCUUACCCUUACUGUUGCCCUAUAAUAACCCCAUUGCAUUUGAAUAGCUCAAACCUUAGAGUUUGACUGUUAAGUUCUAGUAGUAGUCCACUAGUAGUGCUAUUGAGCAGUAUUUGUAGCUGCUCCUGCCUUGAUUGUACACAUACAAACACAUCAGGUGCCAGCUUUUAUCUAUUAAAGGGAUCAUACAUCUGUUUAUACUAAAGAAAACCCCAGAUCGGUUUAAAAACAUUAAAUGAGAUGACUUAUGUGUUUCUUCUUGAUGUUUGCUUGUAGCUAAAACUCACUGAAGCCCGAGUGCAGUUUGAGAAGUAACUGGAUGAAAUGUAGCAUGAAUAAUACAAAAAAUAUAUAUAAUACAGCUUAAAAAACCCCAUUUCCUGUUCUGUUUAGGGUAUAACAUUGGUAUCCGCUGAGGAUUGUGAGUUGUUGUUACUUGAUCUCUUAUCAUUAGGCACUGGUGCAUCUGUAGAGCGCGCUUUGGUGUAAAUGAAGUAAUUGACAUGUGAGACACACAUUUAUGAAACUGGAGCGCAUCUUUGGGUUUAUGAGUGCAUAAAGAUUUAAAAGGGAAUAGAGAUGUGCACGAACAGUGUAAACCUGCCACAACCAAAACCGUUUUACUUUUGAUGCACAUUAAACCUCCAACAAUAGCUCUCUGUUUAGUGUGAUCAGUGUUCUCUAUUAGCCAGUGCCCUAUUAUUAUCAUUAUAAUUAUUAUUAUUAUUAUUAUUUUUAUUAUUAUUAUCAUUAUUAUUAUACUACAUGUGCCUGCUGAAUUGUUUUGCACUAAAUAUGUAGCUCAAGGCCCUGGCAGAAACUUCUGCUGGGAAAAAAAAUUUUUCUUUCUAAUUUAAUUUGCCAAAAAAAUGACAACAAACUGGUCUAAAUUCAGUUGAGACACAUUCAAAAAACGCUGUAUAUGAAGCUGAUUCAGGUGAAAUCCCUCAAACAGGGACAUCUGUUAUGAGCCUGUUGGAGGGGAGAGUUUUCUUUCAAAUAUUUCCAGGCCAAACAUCCUCCGCCCCCAAUGCCUCUCUCUUCCUCUCA